AUGCCCGUCGACACGCACAUCACGGACCCGGCCCUCACGGCCGUCCUCGAGACGUCUAAGGCUGCACGCGAGCAGGCUCUGGCCCUCAUCGAUCUCGUCAUUCAAGAAAAGACCGCUGCCGGAGGCGAGCAGCUUCCUGUUGAGGCCCACGCCGCCAUCUCUAGACAGCAGAAGCUUCUGAAUACGAACCUAGCCCAUCUGCGAGGCCUGCACCGCGCGGCGCACUUCCGGGCCCGAGAAACCAAGGGCCAGACGGCCGAAGCCCGUCACGAGGUGGAUGUGCUACAUCUGCAGCUGCAGAACCUGUACUACGAGCAGCGCCAUCUGGAGGGCGAGAUCGAAAACUGCGAAUCCUUCAACCACAAAUACCAGGAACUCCCUUUGAUACCAGUUGAAGAGUUUCUGUCCUUCCACCCUGAGCUUGCCGAUGCCGACGAGAACGCUCUGAUGGUCGCGCGCAUCAACCACGAGAGAACAGAACGCGAGGCCCUUGAACAGCAGCGGCUCGAACUACAGAAGCGCAAGCAGAAGCUCAUUGCCGACAACAAAAAACGCCGCGAUGAUCUAGCUAGCCUAGACAAGGACUUGGAGAAGUUCAUUGACGUGCGCGAUCCUUGUUGA